ACACACACACAGCCCACAAACUUAACCAGUACCUUGAAAACCCUAGAUAUAAAUAAACAACAGACACACAGAUACAUACUCUAUUUCUUCGCGCAGCCUCUUUCUUGAGAAACUUUAGCAGAUUUCAUGGCUCCGAAGAAGGAAAAGGCACCCCCACCGUCAUCUAAACCAGCCAAGUCCGGCGGUGGAAAGCAGAAAAAGAAGAAAUGGAGCAAAGGAAAGCAAAAGGAGAAGGUGAACAACAUGGUUUUGUUUGAUAAGGCCACUUAUGAUAAGCUUCUUUCUGAAGCUCCAAAGUUCAAGCUUAUUACUCCUUCAAUUUUAUCAGACAGAUUGAGGAUUAAUGGGUCAUUGGCAAGAAAGGCAAUCAAGGAUUUGAUGGCAAGAGGUGCAAUUAGGAUGGUAUCUGCACAUGCUAGUCAGCAAAUCUACACCAGGGCCACUAAUACUUGAGAGUUGCUUGUCAUUUCUUUCUUUCUAGACAAUGCUCUUUUCAUUUUAUGAUUUUCAUUUUGGUUCAUUGCAAGAUCAACUAUCUUUUUUCAACUUGCACUUUUGUCAGCUUAAGAACCCUGUAUGAAUUGUGUGUUUUUGUUUAUUUGAAUCAUCCUUAUAUUAUUUAUCAUCAGCAGCUA